UAAUCCCUCACACUCCAGACCCAACUAGGGAUCCUACACACCAAUUGGAAAGUAUGGUUUAUAGAUUGGGGCAGGAGGCAAGAGAAAAUGUGCCAAUGUCCAGAGUACUUGGCCCUUUGCCAGAAAAUGCAUUUGUUACAUCUGCAAGGGAAAACAUUCCAGCAAUAGGUGUGAGAGUGACCACUUCUUCUACUAGAGGAAACUUGAGGGGAAGAGGCAGAGGAAGAAGUUGUGCAACAAGAGAACCAGCAAAAAGGAAAGAACCAGCAGGAGAGGCUAGCACUACCAGAGGCAGAGGAAGAGGAAAAAAGAAGACUCCUGCUCAAGCUACUACAAGUGAUGCACAAGAACCGGCAAGAACAAGCAGAAGAGGGUACAACACAGGCCAAGGAAGUACAUACUACAUGUUGUUUGCUGAUGAUGAACAACAACCAAGACCAACAUCAUUGCCAGACCUAAAUGCAGAAUUAGUGCCCGAUCUUAAUGUGCAAGAGUUUGCACUUAGCCAGAAUGCACCACAUGAUGGUGAUGUUUAAAUGCCAGUCAAUUUAUGAUAAUUUUCUUAGUUAAGUCAUUCGGUUUAGAUGAUAUUUAAAUGGUAUUGUUACUUGAGUUACUUUUAUUACAAAGUACUUGAUGGAGAAACUAGUACUGUAGAGAA